CCACCGUCACCACCACCACCACCACCAUCACCACCACCAUCACCACCACCACCAUCACCACCAUCACCACCACCAUCACCACCGUCACCACCAUCACCACCACCACCACCACCACCACCAUCACCACCAUCACCACCAUCACCACCAUCACCACCACCACCACCACCACCAUCACCACCACCACCACCGUCACCACCACCACCACCACCACCACCACCACCACCACCACCACCAUCACCACCACCACCACCACCACCACCAUCACCACCACCACCACCAUCACCACCACCACCACCAUCACCACCACCAUCACCACCACCACCAUCACCACCAUCACCACCACCAUCACCACCGUCACCACCACCACCACCAUCACCACCACCACCACCACCACCACCAUCACCACCAUCACCACCAUCACCACCAUCACCACCGCCACCACCACCACCAUCACCACCACCACCACCGUCACCACCACCACCACCACCACCACCACCACCAUCACCACCACCACCACCAUCACCAUCACCACCAUCAUCACCACCACCGUCACCACCACCAUCACCAUCACCACCACCAUCACCACCACCACCACCACCACCACCACCGUCACCACCACCACCACCACCACCACCACCACCAUCACCACCACCAUCACCACCACCACCACCACCACCACCACCAUCACCACCACCAUCACCACCACCAUCACCACCACCACCACCAUCACCACCACCAUCACCACCACCACCAUCACCACCAUCACCACCACCAUCACCACCGUCACCAUCACCACCACCGUCACCACCACCACCACCAUCACCACCACCGUCACCACCACCGUCACCACCACCACCACCACCACCACCACCGUCACCACCACCACCACCACCACCACCACCACCACCACCACCACCAUCACCACCACCAUCACCACCAUCACCACCACCACCACCACCACCAUCACCACCGUCACCACCACCACCACCACCACCACCACCACCAUCACCACCGUCACCACCACCACCACCACCACCACCACCAUCACCACCACCGUCACCACCACCACCACCACCACCACCACCACCAUCACCACCGUCACCACCAUCAUCACCACCAUCACCACCAUCACCAUCACCACCAUCACCACCAUUUCCCUCCGGCAGCCGUGGAAGUCAGCUGACAACAUAG